AUGUCGUUCAACGAAAAGUUUCAGGCUGGAGAGUCGUACGGUGACGCCAAGACGGGCUCAACCGGCCUCUUGGAUGAUCCUGUCAAGCUCGCCACAGAUAUCAUCAAGGAAUAUGCUGGUGUCCGAACCCAGGCCUCCAUCCCACAGCUCGCCGAGCUCAUCAAGGAGCUAACGAUCGAGAAGGGAAAGCCCCUGGAUGACAAGAAGGGAACUACAGAGCUCCUCAUCGGAAUCCUUACCUCCCUUCCCCGUACCUCCAAGGCGAGGACCCAGCUCACCAACAAGCUCAUCGACACCCUCUGGGGCAACCUCCAGCACCCACCCCUGAGCUACGUUGGCGGUGACGUUAAGUACGAGGUGGUCAACUCGAACGAGCCCGCACACAAGCACAACUGUGAGCUCUACGACACCAUCGAGUUCAAGGCCCCAGACAGCGAUGUCAUCCUGCGGGAGCAGGUCCCUCAGGCUCCUGAUGGCCUUCACCAGUACCGUAUGCCUGACGGUAGCUUCAACAACAUCCUUGAGCCCAACCUGGGUCGUGCUGGCACACCCUACGCCAAGUCAGUCAGAUCUGAGAAGCGCCUUCAUGGUGUCAAGCCUGAUCCUGGUCUGCUCUUCGACCUUCUUCUUGCUCGUGAUGACAAGAACUUUACCGAGAACCCGGCUGGCAUCUCCUCCAUGCUCUUCUACCAUGCCGCCAUCAUCAUCCACGAUAUCUUCCGCACUAGCCGGACAGACCCUAACAAGUCUGACACCUCAUCGUAUCUCGACUUGGCCCCUCUGUACGGUUCGUCCCUCAAGGACCAGCUUGAGAUCCGUACCAUGAAGGAGGGUAAGCUGAAGCCUGAUACCUUCCACGAGAAGCGUCUCCUUGGACAGCCUGCUGGUGUCAAUGUCAUGCUGGUCCUCUACAGUCGUUUCCACAACUAUGUUGCCGAUAUCUUGCUCAAGAUUAACGAGAACGGCCGCUUCACCCUACAAUGCCCCGCCAAUGCCUCGGCAGAGGACAAGGCUAAGGCUGUUGCCAAGCAGGACCACGACCUCUUCAACGUGGCCCGUCUCAUUACUGGCGGACUGUACAUCAACAUCUGCCUCCACGACUACCUGCGAGCCAUCACCAACACUCACCACUCCAGUAGUGACUGGACCCUGGACCCCCGAGUUGCCAUUGACAAGCAAUUCGAUGGUGAGGGUGUUCCCCGUGGCGUUGGCAACCAGGUCAGCGUCGAGUUCAACCUCCUUUACCGAUUCCACUCGUGCAUCUCCAAGAGGGAUGAGCACUGGAUCAACAACUUCUUCCUUAAGCUCUUCCCCGGUCGCAAGGCCGAAGACCUCCAGGAUGUCAGCUGGGACGAGCUUGGACAGGCUCUCUUCAACUUUGAGCGCAGCAUCCCCAAGGACCCCAGCGUCCGCACCUUUGAUGGCCUUGAGCGUCAGGAGAACGGGACCUUCAAGGAUGAGGACCUUGUUCGCAUCCUCAAGGACGCUAUGGAAGACCCUGCUGGUACCUUUGGUGCCCGCAUGGUCCCCAAGGCACUCAAGGUGGUGGAGGUCCUGGGUAUCAUCCAGGGCCGCAAGUGGCAGGUUGCCUCUCUUAACGAGUUCCGAGAGUUCUUUGGACUUAAGCGGUACGAUCAGUUCAGCGAGAUCAACUCGAACCCUGAGAUUGCCAACAUCCUCGAGAAGCUGUACACAGACCCUGACAUGGUUGAGCUCUACCCUGGCCUGAUGAUUGAGGACAUCAAGCCUGCUCGCAACCCAGGCAGCGGUAUCAUGCCUACCUACUCUGUUGGUCGAGCUGUGCUGUCUGAUGCUGUCACACUUGUCCGCUCAGACAGAUUCAACACCAUCGACUACACAGUCUCCAAUCUGACGGCCUGGGGUUACAAUGAAGUCCAGCAGGACUACAAGACUCUUGGUGGUUCGAUGUUGUACAAGCUCAUCCAGCGUGGUGUCCCCAACUGGUUCCCCUUCAACUCGGUUGCCGUCAUGCAGCCUAUGUACACCAAGAAGGCCAACAUUGCCAUCGCAAAGGAGAUUGGCACCUACGACCAGUUCACUGAGGCUGACCCCAAGCCCCCUGCCAAGCCCAUUGUCGUCACGACCAACGAGGCCAUUAAGAAGACUCUCAGCAACCCCAAGCAGUUUGUCGUGCCGUGGCUCCAGCCCCUCAACACUCUGUUCCCUGGCAAGAAGGACUACGGCUGGUUCAUGCUUGCGGGUGAUGAGGCCAAGAACUUCAAGCACCGUGCCGACUUCCAAAAGGCUAUGGGCAAGAUUCCCAACCUUCACGCUGCUGUGCACAACAUGAUUGAGCGCGUGGGUGCCAAGCUCAUUGAGAAGGAGACCUUCAAGCUCAAGGCUGGCCUCGAGCAAAUUGACAUCAUCCGCGAUGUCGCCAUCCCUCUCAACACACAGCUUCUGGCUGACUUUUUCUACUUUGACUUGCGGACUGAUGAGAACCCUGACGGAACUCUUGGCGUUGCCGAGCUGUACCGACAUCUGCUCAACAUCCGCAUCUGGGGCGUCAACAACAACGACCCCGGCCAGGCAUGGAACCGUCGCCGCUGGGCCCAGGAGGGUGUCACUGCCGUCUACAACUCGACCAAGAAGCUCGUCGAUGAGGCUGUCCUCGGCCGCGGCAUGGGCCUGGGCAUUGCUUCAGCCAUCUCGAGCAAGGUUGGUCGCAAGUCGUACCUCAAGAAGGACUCUCUGCGCUCCUGCGGCCUGAAGCUCGUUGAGGAGCUGUUGGCUCAGGGCAACAACGCCGACCAGGUCACAGACAACCUGUGGCUCACUGCCUUUGGUGGUAUUGGUGUGCCAGUUACUUCAUUCUACGAGGUGCUUGCAUUCUUCCUGCGCCCCGAGAAUGCCGCCAUCUGGGCUGAGGUGCAGGCCAUUGCCCAGAAGGGUGAUGAUGCCACCCUCCAUGCCUACGUCGCCGAGGCUCAGCGUCUGACGAGCUCUCAGCGUAACGUGCGCAUUGCCACGGCGCCAGCGGAACUCGAGGGCAAGCCUGUUCAGCCCGGCACUCCUGUUGUGAUGAUGCUUGGCAUGGCUGGCCGCAACGGCAAGGAGGUUCCCGACGCCGACAAGUUCGACGCCCGUCGCAAGACGGAUGCCGUGACAGCCUUUAGCUAUGGGCAGCACGAGUGCCUGGCCAAGGAUGUGGCCCUUGCUUUUGUCACCGGCCUCAUUAAGCUGGUGGCUGACCUUAAGCAACUCCGACCUGCACCAGGCCAGAUGGGCGAGGUCAAGACAAUCCAAGUCGGCACCGAGAAGGCCUACCUCAACGACAGCUGGUCGUACCUUGGCUUUGAUGCCAGCACCUGGAAGGUUCACUUCGACGGCCAUGGAAAGGGUACCUUUGAGGGUGACAGAGCCCCUACAGCGACGACACCGCUGCAGCAGUAUUACUACAUGCUCCAGAAGCGCAAGGAGGAGAUCCUUGGCUUCUAA